AAUACUUUCAAACGGCUACUCAGAGUAUGCACAGCUGAUCGCGUGUGCUUAAAGCUUACGCCCAAAUUUUCAAAAGCCUUAUUAGGACUUAUAUAUAUGUGAUCACAAAUCACAUAAGCUCGGCGAUAACUAUCUUCUCCAACUGAAUCCGUGUUUCUCUAAUUUCGUUGUUGAUUUUCAAGUAGCAGCUGCAAUCUCAUGGCGUUGCCGAAUCAGCAGACGGUGGAUUACCCGAGCUUCAAGCUUGUGAUUGUCGGCGAUGGAGGCACAGGGAAAACCACAUUUGUGAAAAGGCAUCUCACGGGUGAAUUCGAGAAGAAAUAUGAACCUACUAUUGGUGUUGAGGUUCAUCCAUUGGACUUCUUCACUAACUGCGGUAAAAUCAGAUUUUACUGCUGGGACACGGCCGGUCAGGAGAAAUUUGGCGGCCUUAGAGAUGGAUAUUACAUCCAUGGACAGUGCGCCAUUAUUAUGUUUGACGUGACAGCUCGAUUGACGUACAAGAAUGUCCCGACAUGGCACCGUGAUCUUUGCCGUGUCUGUGAGAAUAUCCCAAUUGUGCUGUGUGGGAACAAAGUCGAUGUGAAGAACAGGCAGGUUAAGGCAAAACAGGUUACAUUCCACCGUAAGAAGAAUUUGCAGUACUAUGAAAUAUCGGCAAAGAGUAACUAUAAUUUCGAGAAGCCCUUCUUGUACCUUGCCCGGAAGCUUGCUGGGGAUCUUAACUUGCACUUUGUUGAGUCUCCUGCUCUCGCCCCUCCUGAAGUUCAUAUCGAUUUGGUUGCUCAACAACAGCACGAGUCUGAACUUUUAGCUGCAAUUAGCCAACCUCUUCCUGAUGAUGAUGAUAACGCAUUCGACUAA